UCUAUUUCCGUCGGGAGGAAAUUGGCGGACCUGGGAUGCGACACUUUCCCAAGGGUCAAGACGAACUUGUGGUCCUUGAGUUGAGGACGCGCUAAAAGCACUGAGGCGGGGCGCCCAAAGGUGUCGUGACCACAACUCCCCCGGCUACUCCAUGCCAGGUUGGAGGCUGCUGGCGCAGGCGGGCGCCCAGUUGGGCGGCGGCGGCGGGCUGGGAGCUGCCCCCGGCGUGGGGAGUAGAACAAACAUCUGGCUUUUUAUUAGAAGUCUCCACGGUAAGAGCCCAAGUUGGUGGGAUGAGCAUCUUUCUGAAGAGAAUACCUCGUUUGUUAAGCAGUUGGUCUCUGAUGAAGAUAAGGCCCAGUUAGCAAGUAAACUGUGUCCUCUAAAAGAUGAACCAUGGCCUAUACUCCCUUGGGAACCAGGUUCUUCUAGAGUUGGCCUUAUUGCCCUGAAGUUGGGCAUGAUGCCUUUAUGGACCAAGGAUGGCCAAAAGCAUGCAGUCACAUUACUACAGGUACAAGAUUGUCAUGUCUUGAAAUACACUUCAAAGGAAAACCAUAAUGGAAGAAUGGCAGCCCUAACUGUGGGAGGGAAAACUGUGUCACGUUUCCGUAAAUCUGAACCUGUGUUGGAAUUUUACCGAGAACUUGGAUUGCCCCCAAAACAGAACAUUAAAAUCUUUCAUGUAACAGAUAAUGCUGUAAUUAAGCCAGGCACCCCUCUUUAUGCUGCUCACUUUCGUCCGGGACAGUAUGUAGAUGUCACCGCCAAAACUAUUGGUAAAGGUUUUCAGGGAGUCAUGAAAAGAUGGGGAUUUAAAGGCCAGCCUGCUUCUCACGGUCAAACGAAAACCCAUAGGAGGCCUGGAGCCAUUGCAACUGGGGACAUUGCCAGAGUCUGGCCGGGAACUAAAAUGCCUGGACAAAUGGGAAACAGAUAUAGGACAUCAUUUGGACUGAAAGUCUGGAGAAUAAACACAAAACACAAUAUAAUCUAUGUAAAUGGUUCAGUGCCUGGACAUAAAAAUUGCUUAGUAAAGGUAUUGUAA